CGGACUGACGUUGGCGAGUUUGGUUUGUUUAUCUGUGUCAAGGACGACCAUCAUCAUCAUCAAGGUUGAAGAUGUCAUCACUCAGUGUAUUCGCACUUUGUGUCACUUUCCUAAUACAGGUGAAUUAUUCUGUUGCCCGGAGGAGCUACACCGUAAUCAGCAGCCCAGCAGUGUAUGCCAGCAACUUGCUUUACGUACCGACAAUCGCAGAUCAAAGCUGUGUAUACGGAUCCAGCUACGGCUUACCCGUUAGUUACGACAGCUACAGUUUAGCUGACUACUCCACCAUCUACCCUACAAGCGUCAGCUGCAUCCCCACCAGCGUGCCUAGUUACAUCAGCCCCCCGAUUUUAAAUACUCCUAGCGUUAGUGUGGGCGCCCCCUUUUGUAGACCUACCAGCGUGCCUAGUAACAAUAGCCCCCCGAGUUUAAAUCCUAGCAUCAACGUGCCUCUCACCGACUCUUAUGGCGGAGAAGGCACUGGUAUCGUGGGCGUGGAUGGAACUGUGGACGCGCGUGGGUCUACCCGCGUGUCGGGCUCUGUGCCUGUACAGGGGGCUGCGGGCUUCCGCGGCUCCACACCCGCCUACGGCUCUGUUUCCAUUAGAGGACAGUGCGAAUGCGAAUUCUAGUAAGAUACCUUGCGCCGUAGUAAGUGUACACGAGUCAUAUAUGUACCUAAUAAAGACUGAUGUUUUUUACAUUUCAAAACUUUCGCGUUUUAGCUCAUUUCGUAAAACAAUAGUCAUGUCUCUCAUUAUGUCCCAGUC